AUGCUAUCCAGCCUUCAAAAUCCGCGGCAAGCCGCCGCGCAGCUCAUGAACUUUGGGCUAAUUCUCUCGACGGCCUUCAUGAUGUGGAAAGGUCUCUCGGUCAUCACGGACUCGCCUUCUCCGAUCGUCGUCGUACUCUCCGGGAGCAUGGAACCCGCAUUCCAGCGCGGCGACUUGCUCCUCCUCUGGAACCGCAACCUCAUAUCCGAAACCAAUGUCGGCGAAAUUGUCGUUUAUAAUGUGAAGGGGAAAGACAUUCCGAUUGUCCAUCGGAUAGUUCGGAAGUUUGGCGUUGGGCCAGACGCAAAGCUUCUCACCAAGGGAGACAACAACGCGGCGGACGACACCGAGCUCUAUGCGCGCGGCCAAGAUUAUCUCAACAGGAAAGAUAUCGUCGGGAGCGUUGUCGGGUACAUGCCAUUCGUGGGGUAUGUGACUAUCAUGCUGUCGGAGCAUCCGUGGUUGAAGACGGUCAUGCUAGGUAUCAUGGGGUUAGUCGUCGUUUUGCAGCGCGAGUAG